AUGGGCUUUAGAUUUGGCAAGAACUUCCGCCAUCAGCAGGAACGCUUUAGAUUGCGAUUUCUUUUGGUGCUUUUGUGCCUUAUUUUUCUCGCACGUGAGAGAGGCAUUGGGGAGGGAGGUUUUAUCAUUUUUACCUCCAACUUCUGGCGAAGACUUUCUCAAGGAGCGCUCCCUUUAGGAUUGGCAGAUGGUGCUCUGGCACAAAGGGCUUUGGCAGAUGAUGAUGGUGAGACGACUUCAGGUUUCAACAUCUUCUUACUUAUAGUGCCGAUUGGUGUGCUGGCUUUGCUGCGCUGGGUGUUCUCCCUUGGACCCAAGAUGGACGAUGCUGGUGAGGGAUAUGCAUCCAUCACACUACGUGGGAGAGAUAGCGCAGAGAAGCUGCAAGCCAGGAUUGAAGCAAUGGAAGAAGAGAUGAGAUUAGAAGAGCUGAGAGAGAAGAAGUUGCUGGAAGCAAGAUCGUCAGCUAACAACCAGGGAGACAUCCUCGAUGACGAUGAAGACUUGUAUAGUGCUGAUUUGCAGGCACAGUUGAGAGCUGCUCGGAAAGGCUGA